AUGAAGGUACCAGAAGUGAAAAGAUGUUGCUUUUGUUUCUCUUUGCGACAAGGAGUUAUAUUUUUUGGAUUCGUUAACGUAGUAUUUUCCUUAGUUGCUGUAACAUGUCUAGUUAUUACGACGGAGUUGAAGAAAUCUAAUGUCAGCGAUGGCUCUCUAUUAGAAGCGGUGACAGCAACUAUACUGUUCAGUAUAUUCGGAAUGGGCGUUAUUCUGAAUAUCUUACUACUUGUGGCUGGAUUUCAGAAGGACAUAGCUAUGUUACGCUUGUACCUAUACUACGGAGCCGUGACUACUUUAGCUGCAUUGGUGCCAACUUUUAUGUUGCUCUCCAAGAUGCACGUAUUCGAUGUCUGCGUUGCUUCAUUCGCCAUCUGUAUGCAAUGGUAUUUGAUCGUGAUAGUAAGAAGUGAGAUCCUCAAGUUGGAAGAGUCACAAAUGAGAGAUAGAGAUGCGCAAGAUGUGAUUAUUAAUGUACAUGAUAGGGAUACUUUACUUUAA